AUAUUUAUUCGCUCCUUUAUUCAUCUUUGUUAAUGCUUUAUAAUCCACCUGGAGACCCGGGGCUGUGGAGCAGUCUUUUCCAGCGCUUGCUAUUUUUUAAAAAGUGCGUUUAUAGAGUUGAAAACUUCCUGCCUGCUAGGGGCAGAGGAAAGCAAAAGGUUGUUGCAAUGGCAGAAAAUGGAUCCCCAGAAAAUAAAAGGCCCCGGAGAAGCGCCUCCCUCGGCAAGAACAAGAUAAAAACUCCAAGUAGGAAGCAUGCGAUGGACGUUAAAGGGCCGAUGCCUUUCGCUCUCGCCCCUUCUUCUAUCAUUUCGUUUUUUAAUAAUGCCCCCCCUGCCAAAAUUGCCUGCCCUUUGUGCAGUCAGAUGGUACCAAGAUAUGGAAUCAACCAGCAUAUUGAUGAAGUGUGUCAGAACCGAGAUGAUGUGAUUCUGGUUGAUCCAGCAUCCGAUGUGGCCGCAGGUCCUUCAGCCGAAAAUGGGUUUGGUCGUUCUAGUCCAUACUUUCCCAAGACUGCCUUGACUCCAGAGAAGAACCCAAGCUACCCAGUAGGUGGUGACUCUGAAACAACCCUAAGUGUAGGAGGACAGGCGAGCCCGUAUUUCAAGAAAGGCAACGGUCUAGGGUUGAGUGAUGGUGAGCCUGGAGUUCAUGUGGUUAAAGCCAUCUCCCUGGGAAGAUUGUCCACCAAAUUGUCCAGGAGGCGCCGUGUCCAGGUCCGCGAUGUGUUAGCUGAGGAGGGUGAGGUUUGUCCAGUUCAAGGUGUGCAUGACAACACCAUAGAGCACAACCCAGGGCUUGAUGCAUCGGUGGAUGGCUCUCAGAAAGAGAACCAGUUGCCUUUUUCCUGUUUUCAGGGACAACAUAGUCCAACCCUGGGCACAUUGCAAGAAAGUACCACAGGAACUCUUAGUGGCAAUUUUGACAAUUCUACUCCAGUUUCAUUUCCAUUGGGUGGUCUUCCUUGCACAGAUCUUGGGCUGCUAACAGGGAGCAGCGCGCAGCAAAAUACACCUGACUCCGUUUCAAAUCUCUGCAAACCUGAAGUAUGUUCAACAGCUUCUAGUAAAGAAGGGCUGUCUAAUUUGGAAAGCAGAGACCUCUCCUCUGGUGAACAGGAUCCGUUGCCCGGUGCAAAUGAGACGUACCAUAAUCAAAUGUCAGAUUUCUCUGCUCUGGGAAAUGACAUGCAAGUACUUCCUAUGGAAGAGCAUAGGGAUUUAAGAAAUACAGUGAUGAAUGAGGCAUAUCUGGGACCUUCAGAAGAAGCGAGUUUUCAGAAUCCAAGUGGCAGCAUUUUAGAAUCCGUCCUCAACGGCCCUGACCCUGUGUCAGACACCGGAGGGCAACCAUAUUACCUCCGGAAUUUUCUGAUGGUCCUGCAAACCGUCAUGGAGAAUGAAGAUGACCGGAGGCUAUUCAAUGAGGAAGAUUUGAGUGCCAUUGCUAAAUUCUACCAGCUGUCAGCUGGAGGACAGAAGUUGUACGUCAGGCUCUUUCAACGCAAGCUGAGCUGGAUAAAAGCAAAUAAAAUAGAAUACGCAGAGAUCAGCCAUGAUCUUUCGCCAGUCAUCGAAGAGCUUGUUGGAGGGGGAUUCUUGCAGUCAGAGGCAGAAUUACAAGAUCUGAGUGAGGUCCUUGACUUGCUCGCUGCACCUGAGCUGAAAACGUUGGCCAAAGCGUUCCACCUGGCAAACCCACAUGCUCAGAAACAGCAGCUCCUCGAAGGCUUCCUGAAACUAGCAAAGCAGCCCUCCAUCUUCAGUAGGAACCAGGCUGGCGUUGGAGGUGCGAUUCUAAAAAGGGCUAAAGAUCUGGCGGGGAAGUCCGUCAGGAUUUGUAAAGGUCCCCGGGCGGUCUUCUCUCGCCUGCUGCUCCUCUUUUCCCUGACUGACCCAGUGGAGGAUGAAGAAGCCGGAAGCGGUGGCCAAAGUCAACUCUCCACAGUGCUCAUGGUCAACAUGGGCCGGACGCUCUUCCCCACUUACACCGUCAACAGGAAAAGUCCAAUAUUUCAGGACCGGGAUGAUUUCCUUAGGUAUGCCGCUGCCCUGCACAUGUCGAACGAUGUCUCUGUAGCUGCAUCCAACGGGAACUGGAAAGAGGCGCACAGACUCUAUGGGGCAGCAAAAGAGACCUGGAAGGAGUUGAAAUGCCACCCUUCUCUGAGGCCUCACGCUGCCCUCCCAGAAUACCUGAGGCGCUUCACAGUGGGGUGGGUGUAUACACGGAUCCUCUCGCGGGGCGUUGAGGUCUUGCAGCGCCUGCACAUGUACGAGGAGGCAGUGGAGCAGCUACAAGACCUUCUGUCUCAGGAGGUUUAUUGUAGCGACAGCCGCGGAAGGUGGUGGGAUCGCCUGGCUCUUAACUUGCACCAGCACUUGAAAGACGCGGAGAAGGCCUUUGGGUGCAUCCGGAAAGGACUCCUAGAUCCGUCCGUUCGCACGGGCCACCGUCUCUCCCUCUCCCAGCGAGUCCAGAGAAUGAGAGAUUCCCCAGUAUGUAAGAAGUUAAGGUCUGUCCUUCAAGACCUGCCUCUUCUUGCUGUAGAAGACGUCGCUCAUGUGACCAUCAAAGGAAAGCUGUGCCCACAGACCGGGAUGGGGAAGUCCGUGUUCAUCAUGGAAGACGUCUGCGUGGAAGACAAAGGAGAAGACCUUGAGCUCUCGACAGUCGUGUGCUCGGUGGAGGAGUUGGCUUUGGCCCACUACAAGCGGGAGGGCUUUGAUCAAGGGAUCCAUGGCGAAGGAUCUACGUUCGGCACGCUCUACGGCCUCCUGAUGUGGGAUAUCCUUUUCAUGGAUGGUGUCCCUGACGUCUUCAGGAAUCCUUACCAGACUUCUCCCUUGGACUUGUACACAGACAGCUUUUACGAAAACCGGCGGGAGGCUCUAGAGUCCAGGCUGCAGUGGUUGCACGAGGCUUCACCCGAGACCCUGCAGAAACGGAUCGGUGAGGUGUGGACAGCCCAGCAGGGCAAAGCGGCUGCGCUAGUCAGCUGGGACCGGUUCUCUUCCCUCCAGCAGGCGCAGAGCCUGGCGUCUUCCUUCGGAGGCCCUUUUCUGAGUGGCGUUUGUCGGCGGCUGUCCGAAGAUCUGCGCCAUUGCAGGGGCGGCCUCCCCGAUCUGGUCGUGUGGAGAACCGAAGACCGGCAGUGUAAGCUUGUGGAAGUCAAAGGCCCCAACGAUCGCCUCUCUCACAAGCAGAUGAUAUGGCUGGCUGAGUUGCAGAAAUUGGGCGCAGCGGUUGAAGUCUGUCACGUGGUGGCAAUCGGAUCUAAAAGCAAACGCCUGAGCUGAGUGGAUCGGUGGUGGUGGUGGUGGCCGGCCGGCCUCACGUCCAGGAGAACUCCACGAAUUGUUGACGUUUCUCUGGGCUGUCUU